AUGGCUCUGGUCUUUGCCGCAUCCAGAUUCGACUUUGUAAGUGUUUCACUCUUUGGUGUGGUCAAGUGGUACAGCAGCAGCACCACCACCACCACACCUUCGGAUAGCAGCGGUCCUAAUCGGCUUAUACAGAUCCUGACGUCAGGCAAGUCCAAAGAUGGUGAUUUAGAAGGGGAGGAUGAUUCGACUUACGCUUUCUACGCUUCCAAGAGGAGAAGGGCUUCCAGUGUGAAGCGAGUCACUUUCGACAUCUAG